UAGGUGACCAAAAUCCAAGAGAUCAGAAUCAUAAGUAAAAGACCUUCUCCGCCUUUCUUCUCUGUCGGCAGCUCUCCUUUCCCAAACUCCCACCGGCCCAUCGAAACAACCACAGCCACCAUUUUCUCUCUCUCUCUCUCUCUCUCUCUCUCUCUCUCUUAACGACACUCAUCUGAACCCUACCAAUUGCAAAUUCGAAUGUUCCAAAAUCUAACCAAAUCGUCAUCAAGACGUCAAAAUUCCAUGGGAAACACUAACCCAUAAUCAGGAUCAACCAGAGAGAGACAGAGUGAGAGAAGCUUGAAUUUCGGCUGGGCUUUCUUUGAGCAAACUUAUGUUACAUAGAGCAUGAUGUUAAUGGUUUGAGAUAAUCGAGAGAGAGAGAGAGAGAGAGAGAUGGCAUGGAGGUUAAUUCACCAAGAUGCUCUGCCUGUCGCAGCCAUGCUGACAGUGGAGUGCACCAACGUGGGCUUAAACGUCUUAUUCAAGGCAGCCACCUCAAAAGGGCUAAGCUACUAUGUCUUCAUCGUCUACUCUAAUGCAAUUGCCACUCUGGUUCUCCUCCCUCUGUUUUUCAUCUUUCGCAGAACAGGGCUUCCUUCAUUCAACCUCUCUCUGCUCUCCAAAGUUUUCCUCCUCGGACUGAUUGGGUUUUUGGCUGAUAUUUGUGGAUAUAAAGGUCUAAAUUACAGCUCACCAACUCUAUCUUCAGCCAUGAGCAACCUCACUCCAGCAUUUACCUUCAUCCUUGCCGUCUUCUUCAGGAUGGAAAAGCUAGCCUUGAGAAGCUCUAGCACUCAAGCCAAAAUCAUGGGCACUUUGGUAUCAAUAUCAGGUGCACUGGUAGUGGUUCUUUACAAGGGCCCUACAAUUUUAUCCACUGCAUCUACAGUUUUAUCCCCUCCGUCUGCAGUUUUAGGCACAUCAGAAAAAAAUUGGGUUGUUGGAGGGCUACUACUUGCUGUUCAGUACCUUCUGUCCUCAACCUGGUAUAUCCUUCAGACCCAUGUCAUGAAGACGUACCCGGCAGAGAUAGUUUUGGUCUUCUUAUUCAACUUGUGUGGGACAAUUAUAUCGGCUCCAGUAUGUUUAAUUGCAGAAACAAACUUGAGUGCCUGGAGACUAAGGCCUGGCAUAGCAUUGGUCGCCAUUAUAUGCUCGGGAUGCCUUGGCUCAUCUUUCAGCUCCCUUGUGCACACAUGGGGCCUGCACUUGAAGGGGCCUGUGUUUAUAUCAAUCUUCAAGCCAUUGUCAAUUGCCAUUGCUGCUGCUUUCAGUGUCAUAUUCCUUGGUGAUGCCCUCUCUCUUGGGAGUGUUGUUGGAGCUAUAAUACUUUCCAUGGGCUUUUAUGCUGUGAUAUGGGGUAAAGCAAAGGAAGACGAGAUGAGUGAAGACUGCCGCUUUGAAAGCUCGAGAGCCUUACCUAUUGCUAUUGGGAAAACCCCUUUGUUGGACAGCCCCAAAGUUGAAAAUAUGUAAAAGAAAAUUGUGUACAGUGUACAGAGAUGAAUACAACUACCAAAAUACAUAUGAGUUUACUUUUUCUGGUA